AUGGCGGGUAUGCAGUUUGAAUAUGACGAAGAAGGAGGGACGUUUUUCUACUUCCUUUUAUCAUUUUGGAGUUUAUGGCUUGUACCAACAACUAUCUAUUACUUCUGGCCGUCUGGUAAACAAGCUGAACCUGAGAAUGAUAAGAAAAGAGAAUGUAACUGUGAACCAUGCCAGUUAAAGAAGAAUCGACUGAAAGCCAACUCAAAAUGGGACCAGAACAGGGACCGAGCUGCAAAAUUUGGACUUUUCAUCAGUUGGAUAAUAUUGAUAGCACUUGCAUACAAAGUAUCAAAGAUUCAGAUGGAUUACGUUGAAUAUGAUCCAUACAUGGAACUUGGUAUAGAUAGGGGCGCAUCAGAUAAAGAAAUCAAGAAGGCUUAUCGUUCAAUGAGUUUAAAGUUCCAUCCUGACAAGGAAACCGGUGACCCAAAGAAAUUCAUGAGAAUAGCCAAAGCUUAUAAAGCAUUAACAGAUGAAGACACAAAGAAGAAUUGGGAGGAACAUGGCAAUCCUGAUGGACCAGGAGUUGUAAGGUUUGGUAUUGCCUUACCAAAAUGGAUUGUGGAGAGAGAAAACUCAAUGUUGGUCCUAGCUGCAUAUGGUUUGAUCUUCAUGAUCAUCCUGCCAGUGGUGGUGGGUAUUUGGUGGUACCGCUCCAUAAAGUUCAGUAAGGACCAGGUGUUGCUGGAUACAACCAAACUCUACUAUUUCUUCUUCCAGAAGGCACCCAAUAUGAUGCUUAGACGUUGUAUAAUGGUGCUGGGUGCAUCAUUUGAAUUUGAUAAAUUCCAUAAUAAGGAAGUUAUAGAACGUCCGAGUGAUAACGAAGAAGUCCCUCAGCUGAUUAAGAGGUUGCCAAAUCUUGAUGAGAAGAAUAAGGAGAAACCAUUAUGUUUCCCCUACAGUGUCAAAGCCAGAGCACUUCUCCACGCUCACUUUAACCGCCUGGAUCUCCAGUCUUCUACACUAGAGCAAGAUAAGCAGUUUGUCAUCAGCAAAUGUCCUUGUCUUAUCAACGAAAUGAUCAACAUCAUCGCCCAGCUUGUAGCUGGGGCGGCUCGCAAUGCUGUGGCACACAUGCCACGCCUGGAGACUGUGGAAAACUGUAUGAAGGCAUCACAAAUGGUAAUUCAGGGACUCAACGAACGGUCAAGCCCUCUCUUACAGCUUCCUCAUGUAGGCCAAGAUAUGCUGAAACAUUUUAACACAAAGAAGAGGCACAUACAAAGAAUCACCGAUCUCAUUGCUAUGAAGGAAGAAGACAGAAGAUUGUUAUUCCGUAACCUUGGUAAUGAGGAGUAUAGGGACAUCAUCAAUGUGUGUGCAUCAAUGCCUUAUGUUACCAUGGAUGUGAGGUCAGAGGUUCUGGAUGAUGAAGAUUCAACAAUUACUGCUGGAUCUAUCGUCACGGUAACAGUCGAACUCCGUCGAGAGAACAUGGAGGUUUUGUUCGAGAAAGAAGACAUUGAGUUUUCUCAUAUGGAUCAGGAAGUGGUAGAGGAAAAUAUAAAAAAUGAGGAGACAGAAUUGGAACCAGUAGAUUCACUUAAAAACUUACAACAGACUCAGCAACAACAAAAAACAUCUAAAAAACAACAGAAAAAUAAAAAGGUUGUGAAGAAGAAGAAAGCACCAAAACAAGCAUACAACUGGAAGGCUGCUGCUGCUGAGAAGGAAAACAACAAACAGAAUUCUUUGGCUGUGACAACUGUUGGAGGUGCUGAAACCGAGACUCACAAGAAGGAGGAAGAAAAUGACAACAGUGAUGCUGAGACUGAAGAGGGAGGAAAUGACUCAGAUGAAGAAAACUCUAAAAUUGUAGAUAGAUCAAAUGAUCAGGACAGAAAUGAUGGUGCAGUUGAGGAUGACGAUGAACAAUGGAAAAAAUACCAGGAAGAAGCCAAAAUGGAAACAACGUUAGAUACAAAAGUCAAAGAAAGCCAUCCAGUUCAUUGUCCAUACUUUUCAGACGAUCGACAGGAAGGCUGGUGGCUCUAUGUUGGGGACAAGAAAAGCCAUAUGUUAAUAACAGCACCAGUACAAAUCCAGACCCUAAAAAUAAAGGAAGAGAUCCAGUUAAAGUUCUCUGCUCCAGUAAAACCAGGUGUCUACACAUACUUUGUAAUCCUACGAUCAGACUCGUACCUCGACUUUGAUCAACAACACAAAAUCAGGCUGGAUGUGAAAGAAGCUAAGUUAGUGAAGGAUCAUCCACAAUGGGACAUUUCUGAUGAUGAAGAAGACAAGGAUAAAGACGAUGACAGUGAUUCUGACUACUCUACAGAUAUGUCUGAUUCAGAAUAAACCAGGAUUUAAUGGAGCAAAACUGUUUGACCAAAUGUAAAAAAAAAUGUCGGUCUCUAUCUUGUGAUGAUUUUACAAAGCAUUUUAAUGUUACUUUAGAACGGCGCUCAUUUUGAAAAAAAUGUCAUGAAAAUAAGAAUCAUUGAAAUUCAUAUCAAUAGUGAAUGUAACUAUGAUAGAAAUCUCCAGAGGACAUUUUUAAAUAAGUAUAAACCUGGACUAAGUUGUUUUCAUAUCUAUUGUGAAAUUCCGUAGAAUGAAAAUUAGUGCCAAGGUCCAUUUCUGAUUGAAGAAUAGACUUUAUAUAUAAAGUACAUGGCUAUGAUUUGAAGUGAUUCCUGUUGUCUUUUUGGUCUUUUGUCAUGUCAGGUAAAUCAGAUUUAAGAUCAAGCCAUUUUCUAGAACUUAAUUUGGCCCUAAUAACAAAUAGUUUAGGAUGAUGCAACAGCUAGAAAUGUAAAAACAUUAUAACUGUUUAAUUUAAAACAACUGUUAUAUUAAUGUAUUGUCUGAUUUCUUUUUCUCAUAUUUUAAAAAGAUUUCAUACUUUUGUUUUAUUUUCUAUAUUCUUUUAAAUUUCAACCUAAGUGCAGGGUAUGAAAUGUGAAAAUAUUAAGUUAUCAUGUCUUGGAACAUAUAUUACUGACGGCAGCCCAGAACACUAAAAUGGGUGUUCAGUAGCCAUGAUCGCUAAUGUGCUAACAGUAUGACUGUCGUGAUGUGUUCAAUCAACCAUAAGCUUCAGACCACUCUUUCCUUGAAUGAAGGUUCAAGAUUACACUGAAAGUGGGGAACAAUGUCAGGUUAAUUGUUUCCGGGUGAGAUUGUUCUCCCCGUAGGGACUUCCUAUAACAUCCGAAACAACACUCAUUCCCUUAGCAAUCUUGUAACAAUAGCUCUUUAUAGCUUUCAUUAAGGGUUGAACUUAUUUAAACAUGAAGGAAAGGUUUAUUAUCAUUUUCUUUUUUUCGUUUGCCUCCCACAAAAAUUAAGAAGGAGAAGUUAAAUUUCUGUUUUAUAUGGCUUAGUAUUUUACUUUUAUCAAUGCAAUGGUGAGUGAAACAUCUUCAGCUUUUCCUUAGAAUUAGGAUUUUGGUUUUAACUUUAAAGGUUAAAACUGAGGAUGAAAUCACGUGGGCUCAUUUUUGGUGCCAACCGCCGUAUCAACAAGUGUUCAGGUGAAUGUGUUCACAGGUGCCAAGUGGUCUCAUAGUCUGCUGCUCAUCAUUGUCUGCUUUCAGAAACAAUCACUAGAGUUAAAACAUACUUGACAGUCAGUUUUGCAUAGAAGCAUUUUAUGGAAAUUUUUGCAACAGUUUUAAAUUGAUCUUGCUAAUUAAU